AUGGGAGAGCUGGGCGAACGAGUGCUCCUUCUUCCCACUAACAGGUGUGCGGCCUUCUGCAUACUUCUCUCAUUUGAGGCCUUUCACUUCGGUCCUGCUCUGCCACCUUCCAUACGCAUCGAUUUAGGCUCACAUCUUCCAGAAUCUAACCUUGUUAAUCGGAUCAUCUUCGCCCUACCCUAUGAUCACCAAGUUUAUCACCAUCUAUUCAACUCCAGAAUUGCUGCAAUAUUCGACCCACAGACUAUCAGUCAUCUUCCAGAACAAUAUACUAAUUUGACGACACCCUUCGUGGAUGAUAUCAAUGUUCCACGCUGUGACAAUACUAAGAUCUUCCGAGUGCACUUUUUCCACUCCCAGUCCCUAAUCACGGGUCACAUCCUCCUUUCCAUCUUCCUUCUCCUCGCUUCGCAUUCCCUGCAUUUUCAGGCCCACCUCGGAAGGAGAAACGUCGACUUUGCUUACUCAAACCCUUCACUCUCUUCUGGUGCAAGAGGGCAAGGGUACUUGAUGGGCGAAUGUAGGGCCACAAAACAUGUACUCGUUACCAUCGUCCUUCACUGUCUUGUGGCUCUCAUCCUCUGUCUCCUUCAUUCCCUGCGUCUCACGAUAAGCGAUUCCUCGCUGUCGACGCUCUUGAUUCCCACCUCCUCCUGGAUUGAAUGGGAACGUCGUGGCUAUCUGGGGACCAUAUGGAUGGGUCCCUCGGACAGUCCUUUGGCCACGCUGUUGCCCUUUUACCUUAUAAAUUUCCUCUAUGCCCUCCUCAUUCCUCUCAUCCUCCACUGCCUAGCUGACACUCAAACACCUCUCGCCCUCGCGUCUCGAGGUCUGAGCCGACUUACUGCGUGGUGGAGGAACAGGCAAUGCAGAUCAUGUCUUGAGGCCAGGGCGUAUCCAAUCUCAUUCUACAUCGCACUGACUUGCAUUUUCAUCAGUUUUGUCUUCCAUGAUGGAGCCGCUUUUCUAGUCAUUGCUUUGGCGUUGCUCCUAAAUUGUAUGUCUAUGCUGACUAAGGAUACGGUGAGAAAUGAUGUGGAUCUGAAAACAACGCCAAUGGAUGGGCGGUUACAGAUCCUCGUGGCAAUACAACUGCGCUUUGCCCUUCUGCUCAUCUUCUGUAGUUUCCUCAGCGUAGAGCAGUGGUUCACAUUUGCCUUCAGGGCUAAAGUUGUCUUUGCUGGUUAUAAAGUUAACUGGCUGCGCUCCUUCCAACCAACCGUCUUUCAGUUUUUGCUCCUUCUCACCACCUCGAUGCUCCUUCGUUCACUCCCAUCUCCGAUCGUGUCGAUCAAAGACCAUCGUUUUCGACGUCUUCCACCACUGCUUCUGGCAUUGGCACUGCUCAUCACACUGAUCGGCUGCCUAGUCUGUCUCGGUGGCUACUUACACACCGCAGACAGUUUACAAACCUGUCUUCUCAUCACCCUGGCCACGGGCUUUCUUCUAGGUCUCUGGGUGUCGCUGGCUACGACGCCUUUUGCUGUCACCGCAGCCAUGUCGUGUGGACAGGAUCAUGGUCACCUAUCUGGAUUUGACGGUCAUUAUGUCGAGCUUGAGACUGAAUUUGCCGCCACAAUUCUCUACGGUUUGGAAAUCUUUUUGGAAUUUCGCCCAAAUUCAGCCAUCUACAGCAGAUAUCUUCCUUCUGUGGGACCAUUCGUGUGGUAUUCCGUGGCUAAUUCCAUGCACGAACAGACUUCUCUGAAAAAAUCUUUCAGCAUCAAAGACUGCCUGCUGCCACGUCCGCACACCAACACAACCAUCCCUCCACCAAUCACUGGCAAUCCAACAGACAAUAACGAGGGCGCACAAACCAACGUCGUUCAGGCAGUUUUGGACUCCCUGGUGCUGUUUACUUUGGCUGUGAGCCUCUUCUGCGCAGCUACUCUCAACACUGAGAAGCUGACUGAAGUGGAAGUGGAAAUUUUCGCCAAUGUCGGUGGUGAACCCAUUCGGAUAACCGUAGGUGCAGGUCAGAUCAUUGCCGAAUGGGAGGAUGGUCUCAUUGGUAUCUGUGAAGGUGAACGACAUCGGCUCCGCAUUCUCAGUUGGAUGGGCUACGGCGAUCUCAUUCGUACCAACUCUGAUCUUGAUUUCGACAUCAAAAAUUCGGAGAAAUAA